AUGUCGGAUUUAAACUGCGGUUCUGGUGGAGGCGCGACUACAUACCCACAGUUGCGGAUCGCAUCGGUUUUCAUCAUCCUCAUCGGAUCACUGAGCGGCGCACUUUUUCCAGUGCUUGCUCAACGGUCAAGCUGGCUUCACGUUCCCAAAGGCGUUUUUGACUUUGCCAAAUACUUCGGUUCCGGUGUUAUCAUAGCUACAGCCUUUAUUCAUCUUCUCAGCCCUGCCAUCAGUGAACUUACAUCUCCAUGUCUGUCACCGGCUUGGCAGGUGUAUCCUUACCCGCUCGCAUUAGCCUUGCUCAGCGUAUUUUCGAUUUUCAUUGUUGAGCUGGUGGCCUUUAGGUGGGGUACAGCCAAAUUGGCCGCCCUUGGCGUGAGGCAUGACGCACACGGUCACGGUCUCGGUGCGCACGCUGCACAUGGACCUGAAGGUGGAAUGCCGAAUGACUCAAACUCUGAGAAGAGCAAGGAAGAUCUAGAAUCUGCCCAUGAUCAUCAGGUGGAUCUUGGUGCUACAGGGCAGGUCAUCGGUGUGUUCAUCCUAGAAUUUGGCGUAUUAUUGCAUAGUAUGCUCAUUGGGUUGACGCUGGCGGUCGAUCCGGACUUCAUAACUCUGUUUGUUGUCAUUAUAUUCCAUCAGAGCUUUGAGGGCCUUGGAGUCGGCACUCGUCUUGCUCACUUACAGCUUCCCCCGAAGUACAAUUAUGUAGCCAUCUGUGGCGCGCUGCUGUACGGAAUAACCACACCAUUAGGCAUUGCAGUCGGGCUUGGCGUUCAAAGCACGUACAACCCAAACAGCACCACCGCCUCUAUCGUAAGUGGAGUGCUCGACUCGCUGAGUGCGGGUAUCCUGUUGUACACUGGUCUCGUUGAGCUUCUUGCCCACGAGUUUAUCUUCAACAAAGAAAUGAUCAACGGUUCCAACAGUCGCGUUGCCUAUGCCCUCUCAUGCAUGCUGUUUGGAUGUGGGAUUAUGGCGCUUCUGGGGCGUUGGGCAUGA